AUGGCUGCUUCUGGAUUACUAUUUAGGAUCAUCAUUUUGGUCAUCAUCCUAAUCAUCAUCCCCAUUGCAAUAACAAAGGCUCAAACUCAGUCUUUCGAGUGUCCCAGAUUCAGUUCAACUUGUAUAAAACACCUUAAACUAGAAGGGAGUGCUUCUACCACAGGUUCUGCUAUCCAACUCACAGAAGAUAACGCAAUGGACCUAAGCACGUCGUUUGGGAGCGCAGGGCGAGUCACGUAUGCUGAACGAAUAAACCUUAGGGACAAGAAUUCAAAUGAACAAAGAGACUUCAUUACCAACUUUUCCUUUGUUGUUUCCUCAUCAAAUCAGAGUAUUUAUGGAGGUGGUUUGGUAUUCUUCCUUGCAAGCCGAAAUCUUCCAUCCACAGAUAGGGUAGGAGGAAGUUUUGGCGUUGGCCUUACGGAUGGUUAUCUUGAGCUUUUCCAGUUAGGUUAUCGAUUCCUGGGAGUGGAGUUUGUCACUUUCAGAAACCCAUUUCACCAACCUGAUGCUGAAGUAGCCAUAAAUAUCAUUAACAUGAAGUCUAGAAUAAAUGAGAGAUGGCGGAUACAUAUUGCACAGGGCAAAGUUUGUAACUGUAGUAUUGUAUACGAUUCUAGGAACAGUAUUUUGAAUGUCUCUUACACUGGAUACAAAAUCAGGGAUGGGAAAGUGAAAAAGACUACACAGUAUCUUUCAUACUCUGUUGAUAUAAGGCAGGAAUUACCAGACUCGGUUGUUGUUGGCAUAUCAGCUGCAACUGGAGUAUUUUCUGAGCAGCAUAAGUUGCUCUCAUGGUCGUUUAGCACAACCCCACCAAGUGAUGAUGAAGAGAAGGAAAUCAAGGCUGUCAUCAUAACAUUGGAGGGAAUAGGAAUUGGUGCUGUCUUGUUUUUGAGCUUGUUCGGAAUGGUUAUGAUUUCAUUGAGGAUGAUGGCCAAGAGAAAGGAAGUAGGUCACACUUCAGAUCCAAAGAGGGGUGAUGAAUUAGAAAUGAGCACUGGACCUAAGAAGAUUAGAUAUCAUGAAUUGGCAACUGCAACCAACAACUUUGAUGAGACGAAUAAGCUUGGGCAAGGAGGGUUUGGUGGUGUUUAUAAAGGCUAUUUCAAAGACUCCAACACCUAUGCUGCUAUAAAGAGGAUAUCAGCAGAUUCUAAGCAGGGUGUAAAACAAUACAUUGCAGAAGUGACGAUCAUUAGCCAACUGAGGCAUAAGAAUUUGGUGAAACUCACUAGUUGGUGCCACAAGAAGAAUGAUUUUCUCUUGAUAUACGAGUACAUGGAAAACGGGAGCUUAGACUCUCAUCUUUUUCGGGGAGAGAGUAUAUUGGCGUGGCAAGUGAGGUACAACAUAGCCUUGGGAUUAGCCUCAGCAUUGCUUUACCUACAAGAAGAAUGGGAGAAAUGUGUGCUUCAUAGGGACAUAAAAUCAAGCAACGUAAUGUUGGACUCCAACUUCAAUCCCAAGCUUGGUGACUUUGGCCUGGCUAGGUUGGUGGAUCAUGAUAAAGGGUCAGAAACCACAGACGUGGCUGGGACCAUGGGUUACUUGGCUCCUGAAUACAUGAACACAGGCCAGGCUCGAAAGGAGUCUGAUAUAUUCAGUUUUGGGGUUGUUUUGCUGGAGAUAGCCACUGGAAAAAAAGCCAUUCACCACAAACACAUGGAGGGUGAGGUAUCAGUGGUUGAAUGGGUGUGGAAGCUCUACGAAUUGAGAAAUGUGAUUGCAGCAGCAGAUGAAAACCUAGGUGGGGAAUUUGAUGUUCAGCAAAUGGAAUGCUUACUGGUAGUUGGUCUUUGGUGUGCUAAUCCAGAUUCAGCAUCCAGGCCUGUAAUAAGACAAGUGAUUAACGUUCUUAACUCUGAAUCUUCUUUACCAAUUCUUCCACAGCAGAUCCCAGUACAAGGUUGUUCAUGA